GUAACUACCAGUCGCCCUUAUAGGCUGCAGGCAGGCAGUGUUGAGGGUUGUAAACGAAAAUAAAGUUUAACACAUUCAAGAUAGAUGGAAUCAAAAUGACUUGAAAGAAAGUGAACUGAACUUGAACCGACCGAAUCUAAAAUGACAAAUCCCCAACCGGACCUGUUUCAGCCGACACAGAUACACAAAACCCGCACGGCCACACCUCUUCUGUAACCAACAUCACCGUUCUACAUUUUACCAAAAACCCUGUAAAUAAACCAAUGACUUCAAGUUCCACCCCAAAAACCCUGGCCAAAACCCUCCUCAAAACCCCACAAUCUUUAAAAACCAAAUCCCAAGCGAAAGAACUCCAUGCCCAAUUUCUCAAAACCCAACCCCACUCUCCUUCUUCAACUUCCAUUCUCAUUUCCAUAUACACAAAUUUCAACCUUCUACACGACUCCCUCUUUCUCUUCAACUCCCUCAGCUCCCCUCCACUUCUUGCUUGGAAAUCCAUCACCAAAUGCUUUGCAAAUUCUGGCCUUUUUCUAAAUUCCUUAACUUGUUUUGUCCAAAUGCGUGGUCUAGGUAUAUACCCAGAUCAUAAAAUGCUCCCUUUUGUUCUUAAAGCUUGUGCUUUUGUAAAGAACUUGAGGUUGGGUGAGUCUAUUCAUGGUUGUAUUAUUAGGCUCGGUUUGGACUUUGAUUUGUUUACAGGAAAUGCCCUUUUGAAUAUGUAUGCAAAAUUUCAAAGCUUAGAAGUGAAUGGGGGACAUAAAGUUUUCACCUUCAAUAUGCUUGAUGGAAUGCCAAAAGGUAAUGAACUUUGCGGCAAAUUAGCUCAAAAGAAGGGCAGAAAUGUUUUUCAAUUGGAUAGUGUGAGAAAGGUUUUUGACAUGAUGCCAAAAAGGGAUGUUGUUUCUUGGAAUACGGUAAUUGCAGGGAAUGCACAAAAUGGAAUGUAUGAAGAAGCUUUGAGGAUGGUUAGGGAGAUGGGGAAUGCUAACAUGAAACCUGAUUCAUACACUUUGUCUAGUGUACUUCCUAUAUUUGCAGAAUAUGUGGAUGUAAUGAAAGGAAAGGAGAUUCAUGGAUAUGCAAUCAGACAUAGGUUUGAUUCUGAUUGGUAUGUAGGAAGUAGUUUGGUUGAUAUGUAUGCCAAUUGUUCUCGGAUUGAAGAUUCAUGCCGUGUAUUUAAUUUGUUCCCUCAAAGAGAUGAUAUUUCUUGGAAUUCGAUUAUUGCAGGGUGUGUACAGAACGGUAUGUUUGAUAAAGGUCUGAAUUUAUUUCGCCAAAUGUUAACAGCUAAAGUAAGGCCGAGGGAUGUUUCAUUUUCAAGUAUUAUGCCAGCUUGUGCUUACUUGACGACACUGCACCUAGGGAAGGAACUUCAUGGAUACAUAAUUCGAGGUGGAUUUGAUGAUAAUGUGUUUGUAGCCAGCUCACUUGUUGACAUGUAUGCCAAAUGUGGAAACAUCAAGGCAGCAAGGUGGAUUUUUGAUCAAAUGGAAUACCAUGACAUGGUUUCAUGGACGGCUAUCAUCAUGGGAUAUGCUUUGCAUGGGCAUGCUCAUGAGGCCCUUUUGUUAUUCAAGCAGAUGGAAAUGGAUGGGGUUAAACCCAACUAUGUAUCGUUUAUAGCUGUCUUUACCGCUUGUAGUCAUGCUGGAUUGACAGAUGAAGCUUGGAGGCAUUUCAAUUGUAUGACCCAGAAUCAUGGCAUUACACCAGGCUUGGAGCACUAUGCUGCUAUGGCAGACCUUCUUGCUCGUGCAGGAAAGUUGGAAGAAGCCUAUGAGUUUAUCUCUAGCAUGCAUAUUGCACCAGCAGGUAGCAUUUGGUCAACACUGUUAUCUGCUUGUAGAGUCCACAAGAACCUUGAGUUGGCUGAAAAGGUUGCCAAAAGAUUAUUUGAAGUUGAUCCAGAAAACGUGGGAGCUUAUGUUCUGAUGUCAAAUAUAUACGCAGCUGCACAGAGAUGGAAAGAUGCAGCAAAGAUGAGAAGCUCAUUGAAGAAAAAAGGCAUAAGAAAGGAACCAGCUUGCAGCUGGAUAGAAGUUAAAAAUAGGGUUCAUACUUUCAUAUCAGGAGAUAAAUCACAUCCUCUUUAUGAGAGAAUAUAUAAGGCUUGGAAAGAUCUUUUGGAACAGAUGGAACGAGAAGGGUAUAUUCCUGACACGAGUGAGGUUUGCCAUGAUGUUGAGGAGGAGCAGAAGAAAUACUUGUUAUUUAGCCAUAGUGAGAGAUUAGCUUUAGCUUUUGGCAUCAUUAGCACCCCUACUGGGACAACCCUUCGAAUAACCAAGAACAUUCGCGUUUGUGUGGACUGCCACACAGCUAUAAAGUUCAUGUCAAAGAUUUCCCAAAGAGAGAUAAUUGUACGGGAUAAUAGCAGAUUUCACCAUUUCAAAGAUGGCAAGUGUUCAUGCAGAGAUUAUUGGUAACAGGCUGGCAGUGAAACAAUGUUGAGCUCUAAACCAUUGAUCAUCCAAAGGUGUAAGGAAUCUUACAUGCAGUUUUCGCUCUAAUUGUGAGCUUACUGGAGAAGCAGUUAAGGAAUUAGUCAGCCCAUAUUUCAUGAACUUAAUUUUUCCUUUUAACAAUGUCUUGUUGGAGGAUUUGCUCAACUGGAAAUUCAAGUGAUUUACAAUCCUUUUGCAUUGAACGAGCAAAAAGAGUUUAAAGAAAAGGGAAGAAUCGAGUGAAAAACAGUUUAAAAUGUAAAUUUUUUUGACAUAUCGUUGCAUAUACAGCAAUGCUUUUAAUUGAAAGGACAAGAAAAUUUGUUAUGGGCAUAUUGAACGUAGCUCACAUGCAGGAAAAAUUACAACUAGCAGGACAAAGAAUAGGAUCCAGGGAAUUGCAGAUGCUGAUUGGGGUUAAAAAAUGAGGAAAAAUUUCAGAAAAGCAACAUCCCAAUUAUCAAUUCAUCAUGUAUUACACCUGAAUAAGAAAUCAACAAAUAAAGUUAUUGCUCUCACUUA